UCAUGCUGCUGCCAGGUCCAGAGUCUCUCAUGGGUCCCUGUACGGCCUCCCAUUGCUGCUGUCUCCAUCGCCACACUCUGCCAUGUGCCACUUUCAGGUCUCCUCACACUGCUGGUGUGUUCAAUUUUUUGACAUAGGGUGCUGGCAGAUUACGGGCCUCCCAUAGCUGCUGCCAGGCCCCUAAUCUGCCAUGGGCCCCUAUACCGCCUCCUCAUGCUGCUGCCAGGUCCAGAGUCUCUCAUGGGUCCCUGUACGGCCUCCCAUUGCUGCUGUCUCCAUCGCCACACUCUGCCAUGUGCCACUUUCAGGUCUCCUCACACUGCUGGUGUGUUGAAUUUUUUGAC